AUGCGCAUACAGGUGCUCUACGUUACGUUCAUUCACAUUGAGCAAUCUUUGGUUGAGCUUUUGCUGCAUCAACUGUCACUUUCCUCAAACUCCUUGCUUUCUAUUCUCUAUGUUGCAUGCUGCGCGAACAUGGGGUUGAUCACCGGAGUUGUUGCUUUCUUUUACCACUUACCUCAAAUAUACAAAUGGCUCUUCAAGCCUUAUUACAUAUUGUCUACAUUGAUGUCCACUGCAUUCCUCAUACUUAGGAAGUGUCCGGGACUUUGCGAAAACCUGAACACUGAACGGGAGGACCGGAACCCAUGCGACUUUGACUGGAGAGAAGUGGAGAUUCUUAUGUUUCUCGGUGCGAUUGUCAUGAUGAAGAACAGGAGAGCCAUCACCAUAGAGCAGCAUGCAGGGAACCUGUUUAUGUUCAGUAAGGUGGCCAACGUCAUCCUCUUCUUCAGGCUGGACAUCAGACUGGGCAUCCUCUACUUCCUACUAUGUAUUGCAUUCGUCAUGACCUGCAAACCACCACUCUACAUGGGCCCAGAGUACAUCAAGUACUUCAGUGAAAAGACCAUAGACGAGGAGUUGAAUCAUGAUACUCGUGUGACGUGGAUCGUUGAGUUCUAUGCUAACUGGGCUCCUGAGUGUCAGUCCUUCGCCCCCGUCUUUGCUGACCUCUCCCUCAAGUAUAACUGUACUGGACUGCGGUUUGGGAAGAUAGAUGCUGGCCGGUACGGAGAGGUGGCUCAGAAGUACAAGGUUAGCACCUCCCCUCUGGCCAAGCAGCUCCCUUCGUUGGUGCUUUUCCAGUCAGGUCGGGAGGUCAUGAGACGUCCAAUGGUGGACAAUAAGUUUCGAGCUGUGUCCUGGACUUUCAGCGAGGAAAACAUCAUACGUGAAUUCAACCUGAAUGAGCUCUUCGAGGCAUCUAAGAAGAUAAAGAAGGGUCGUGGUGUGAAAGGAGAGGACCAGAACCCCUCACUACCAGACGAGGGCAGCGAAGAGCGCCAACCUGAACCAGACACCCCAGCAGAGAGCAAGAAAGACCAGUAGUGACGAAGGGACAACAGGGACUGGAUUGUUCUACUGCACACAGUUCACUGCUCGUCACACAAUCGCUGUCAGUUAUCACUGGUUGUAUUACCUGAUGACCAGGAUUCAAGUUAAUUCACGAGCUUGGGCUUGUGGAAAAGCUGCUGCACGCAAACCAAAAGGGACAGAAUGAGCUACACUACAUGACCAAAAGUAUGUGGACACCCGCUCAUUGAAAAAUCUCAUUCCAAAGUUAUGGGCAUUAAAAUUGGAGUUUGUCCCCCUUUGCUGCUAUCAAAUCAAAUGUUAUUUGUCACAUGCACCGAAUACAACAGGUGUAGACCUUAGUGAAAUGCUUACUUACAAGCCCUUAACCAACAAGAAGAAGUUAAGGAAAAACCUUAAGUAAAAAAAGUAUUAAUAACAUAAUUAAAACAGCAGCAGUAAAAUAACAAUUGCAAUAGGGAGGCUAUAUACAGGGGGGUACCAGUACAGAGUCAAUGUGUGGGGGCACUGGUUAGUCGAGGUAAUAUGUACAGUGGCAAGAAAAAGUAUGUGAACCUUUUGGAAUUAUCUGGAUUUCUGCAUAAAUUGCAUAAAUUCCAUUUUGGUGGAACUCUUACCCCGCUACACUUCUGCAUAAAUUGGUCAUAACAUUUGAUCCGAUCUUCAUCUAAGUCACAACAAUAGACAAACACAGUCUCUGCGGUAGCAGAGAGAACAGUCUAUGACUAGGGUUAUAACAGCCUCCACUAUUCUGCGUAGGCUUUCCACUAGAUGUUGGAAUGUUGCUGCGGGGAGAUCCUUCCAUUCAGCCACAAGAGAAUUAGUGAGGUUGGGCACUGACGUUGGGCGAUUAGGCCUGGCUCGCAGUCGGCGGUCAAAUUCAUCCCAAAGGUGUUCGAUGGGGUUGAAGUAGGGCUGGGUGAUAUGGCCUAAAAGUAAUAUCUCUAUUUUUUUCAGAGGUUUGGACGAUUCACGAUAUAUAUAUCUCGAGUUCUUGUUUUUCUCUAAACAAAUUAAAAAAGGUCAAGACAUAAUUCUUAAUUGAAUUUUCUUUAUUAAAAUAAAUAUACAAGGCCUCAAGGCCUAUUUGUGCAAAACAUAUUAACACACCAACACAUCUAUUCUAUUGUUUAGGAAUGUUUGACCACUAGCUGUUUGAAUAUAUAUACAGUAUAUACAUUUUGAUUGAACAUUUAUUAAUUUAGUUAAUUUGUUGUUAUAAUUAAAACAGCCUGUGGUUAUUUGCUAUUGGAUUGGCAGAAUGACACAACUACUAACACAUUAGCCUACAGCUGGCCUGAACAUAACUUUUUUGAAUGCACUUUAAUUAUACAACAUCACACUUACGGAUGGCGAGGUGAAGCCUGUGCCCAAAGCACUGCAGGCGGGUCCAGUUGUUCAAGCACAAUGCUUUUAUCAUGUUGCUCCCGCUGUCAGUUGUCAUGCACACCUGUCGGUCUUUGCUCAUCUUCCACGAUGCCAAAGAAUCUUUGAGACCCUGGGCUAUUACUUCACCCAUAUGAUCCCCGGGGAAGUAGAACUCUUACCCCGCUACACUUCUCUGGCGUGGUUACAAUUUGUGAAAGGUUGUGAUUGGUGAUAACCUCUGUGCACGUGUUCUCACGCAAUUGGGACAUGAUUUGACAUUGGGCUGACAGAGAAGAGACAGUGAGAUGCUACAUUUGUAAAACGUUACAUUAUAACAGAACCUCGAUUCUUGUAAUAUAGGCAUUUUCCAUAUCGGGCUAAAACAAACUCAAAUAUAUUGAAAAAACUCGAUAUAUCGCCCAGCCCUAGAUUGAAGUCAGGGCUCUGUGCGGGCCAGUCAAGUUCUUCCACACUGAUCUCAACAAACCAUUCCUGUAUGGAAGUCGCUUUGUGCACAGGGGCAUUGUCAUGCUGAAACAGGAAAGGGGCUUCGCCAAACUGUUGCCAUAAAGGACAGAAUCAUCUAGAAUGUCAUUGAAUGCUGGCGUGUUAAGAUUUCCCUUCACUGGAACUAAGGGGCCUAGCCCGAACCAUGAAAAACAGCCCCAGACCAUUAUUCCUCCUCCACCAAACUUUACAGUUGGCAGUAUGCAUUCAGGCAGGUAGCGUUCUCCUGGCAUCCCCAAACACAGGUUCGUCUGUCCGACUGCCAGAUGGUGAAGCGUUAUUUAUCACUCCAGAGAACGCAUUUCCACUGCUCCAGAGUCCAAUUGUGCAUGGUGAUCUUAGGCUUGUGUGCAGCUGCUUGGCCAUGGAAACCCAUUUAUGAAGCUCCCAACGAACAGUUCUUGUGCUGACAUUGCUUCCAGAGGAAGUUUGGAACUCGGUAGUGAGUGGAGUGUUGCAACCGAGGACAGACGAUUUUUACAUACUUCAGCACUCACCAGUCCCGUUCUGUGGACUUGUGUGGCCUACCACUUGGCGGCUGAGCCGUUGUUACUCCUAGAAGUUUCCACUUCACAAUAUCAGCGCUUACAAUUGACCGGGGCAGCUCUAGCAGGGCAGAAAUUCAACGAACUGACUUGUUGGAAAGGUGGCAUCCUAUGACGGUGCCACAGUAAAAGUCACUGAGCUCUUCAGUAAGGCCAUUCUAGUACCAAUGUUUGUCUACGGAGAUUGCAUGGUUGUGUGCUCGAUUUUAAACACCACUCAGCAACAGGUGUGGCUGAUCUAGCAAAAUCCACAAAUUUGAAGGGGUGUCAACAUACACUUUAUAUACAAAAGUAUCUAAACGGAAACAUCAAACCUUCCCAAUUAUCGAUGCCUUAAACUUUUGAAGUGAAAAUGCCUUACACCGCCGUCUCACUCAUUCAUCCAUAACAGUUUUACUGUGAAUGUAGUGAGUUUGUUUUACUUGUUUUUUUUCAUGUUCUGAUACCUUUUCGGUCACAUUUCAACACCAAAGUAUGGCGUCAAACUGACAGUUGGUAUAAUCUGUUCUGCCAAAAGUGAAAUAAAACUUCUAUCCUCCCAGACCCCUGCCAUACUCUCAGCUGAUUGAAGACAGACACGUUUUUCCAUCAGGGCAACCUUUUAAUCUGAGAAGACAUCUUUAAAAACGUCUUCAUAAGGCCAUUUUGGAACUGUCUUUUUCAUAUUCAUCGUUGAAGUAAUUUGUGACACUCUUUCCAUUCAGCACAGCUUACAACAAUACUAUUCUAAUUUACUUAUGCAUAUUCACUUAUUCACCACCAAAGUAACAGUCAGACUUUCUCCAGUCCUGUAUGUCUGACUUUUUGUGCCAUUAUGAUGCUUAACUAUUGUCAUCAUACAUAUCAACUAGGUGUGCAUUUGGCAAGGAUAUUCUCUCUCUCUCUCACACACACACACACACACAUCUAAACAUGGCGAGGGGGACGCACACACACUCUGACUGGCCAUGCUGCUGUUUGAUUGGUUGGUGGGAUAGUCUACUUUGUGUGCUUCAGAACAUAACAUGUGCUACAUUCAGCUAGCUUUGACAUUCCAACUCUCAUAGCUUUGGCUUAAACAUAACACCACCUCUCACCCACACACUCCUGACACACCUCUGUGUUUCUGACCAUGCCUUCCUAAACCUAUUUGUGGCCAAAAUGUUAAUUGUACCAUAAAGAGAUUCAAAAUAAAGAAAUCAAGAGGCCAGAAUAUCUACAAAACAAACUAAAAUAUAACAUUCUUAUCUGGCUGUAGCCAUAAGAAAUACUGUAAAAAACAAAAUGCUUAGUUUUACUACAAAUAGUCUCAAGGCAAAAAAAAAAAAAAUCAAAACAGUCCUCAAUUUCAAACCAAUCACCCCAAGACACAUCAUACAUAUUUCUAUUAACAAUCAGACAUUACUACAGAAUAUCUAUAUUUAUACCAUAUUA